GUUUGUUGUUAGAGUUUAAACUUGAUAAUUUAUUCUAUACUCCUUCUAGUUAUAUUCGCUCCGAAGUUGAAUUCCAUCUCCAUCAGUUGUAUCCCAUCAUCCCCAAUCGGAAUCCAUAAAGCAGACUACCUAACUACACUUUGGUAAUCAACCAAUUUGCUUUUUCCGACCUUUAUCAUACUUCAAAACAACCCCAAACACACACACACACACACAUACACACAGAAGCAAAGGACCAAAAAGUUUUCCACACCCCAGUUACCCCAAUUUCUCUCUUUUUUUAUAACCCUAUUCUAACUUCAUAAUAUCAGUCGCUCGCUAGCAUUCCCUUUAUCCCAUAUUAUCAAUUAGUCAUUCUUUUAAUAACAACACAUCACAUUCAUAUAAAAUAAUUCAAUAUGAAAACAACAUCUACAUACUCAAUUAAUGAUGAAAAUAUCGAAAUCAAACAAAAGAAAGUACUUCGUGCCCCACGUAAGUUACUGCCAAAUAGAGAAGUUCUUGGAGAUGUAACCCAACAUAAUGAAAAUAACUUUAGAACUAAAGCAGAUGGAUUACAAAAACCUGCUCAAAGAGUUCAAGUAUAUAAAUCAAAGAAACCAAGAUUAGAAUUCCAAGGGGUUGAAGAUGAAACUGAUUUUGAAACAGAAGAUGUUGAGGUUCAAAUUCCUGAAGAAGACAAUAGUCAUGAUGUUAUUAAACGCCAUUUCGACCAAAUGGGAACUAGCUCAGAUAGCAUUGCUGAAGCAGCAUAUAACGAGACACUCGAGCAAGUCCAAGAUCAACUUCACCUUCAUGGAGUAGUUGGUAGCAUUCCACAAAAGGAAUUAGUGGAAAACGAGGUCGUUCUCGUUGAAGAAGAUCAUGAAGAAGAAGAUGAAGAAGAAGAAGAAGAAGAUGAUGAUCAAGAAGCCAAAUAUGACGAGCUUGCCCCUAUGGAGCCACAUUGGAAUAAGGCAAUUUUCAAUGAACUUCAAUAUGUAAUGAAGAAAUUUUCAAGAAAUACUUUGGAUGAUAAUGAUGAAGAUACUUAUGAUGUUACUAUGGUUGCAGAAUAUGCACCAGAAAUCUUCAAUUAUAUGCAUGAGCUUGAACAUAAGUUAGCCCCAGAUCCAAGAUAUAUGAAACAUCAAGAUGAAUUGAAAUGGGAAAUGAGAAGUGUCCUUAUCGAUUGGGUGGUUCAAGUACAUUGUCGUUUCAAUUUACUUCCUGAAACCUUAUAUCUUACUGUGAAUUAUAUUGAUAGAUUUCUUAGUAAGAGGAAAGUUUCAUUAUCAAGAUUUCAAUUAGUUGGAGCCGUGGCUCUUUUCAUUGCUGCCAAAUAUGAAGAAAUCAAUUGUCCAACGGUUCAAGAAGUUGCAUAUAUGGCUGACAACGCCUACAGUAUCGAUGAUUUCUUAAAGGCUGAAAGAUUUAUGAUUGAUGUAUUAGAGUUUGAUAUGGGAUGGCCAGGACCAAUGUCAUUUUUAAGAAGAACAAGUAAAGCUGAUGAUUAUGACUAUGAAACCAGAACAUUGGCGAAAUAUUUCUUGGAAAUCACCAUUAUGGAUGCAAGAUUUGUUGCAUCUCAACCAAGUUGGUUAGCAGCCGGUGCACAUUAUUUAUCUCGUCGUUUGUUAAACAGAGGAGAUUGGACUGAGGGUCAUGUGUUUUACUCAGGAUAUACAGAGUUACAAUUACGUCCAUUGGCUGAAGUUUUACUUGAGAAUUGUCGUAAUGCUUCAAGCCAUCAUAAAGCCAUUUUUGAAAAAUAUCAAGAACGUCGUUAUCGUAGAUCUGCUACAUUUGUACAAGAAUAUUUUCAAGCUAUCGACAGCUAAGUACAAAAACGAACAUGAUAGCAAACAAAAACUGAUGUUGAUAUAUUUUUAAUUAUGGUUUUAUCUUUAUUAUGAAACCCAU